AUGUCAUCUUCCUCUCGAAAUUUUGAUUUGGAAUAUGAUGAAUAUAAAGAAAGAAGGAAUGCUGCUGGAAUGGGAAUUCGAGCAAGUUCGAGGAACGGGCGAUUCAAACCGGUAGAUCAAGAAAAGGAGAAAGUUAAGAAGGAAAUUGGGGAUUAUGGAUUACCCAAAAAUGAGUACCAAAUGCAAGGAUACAAUGAGCGAAGCUCUGACCUUGGUGUUGAUCCUUUGGCAUCUGUCCGAACUCUUCGAAACAAUCUCCGAGUGAUGUCACUGGAGCAUCGAGACAAGGAUGAGCCAGUCAAGGCUCAUUUGUGUCAAUCGGCAUGUGAUGACUUGUCAAAAGCCGAGAAACAACUCGUCGAUCUGAGUCACAAACGAAGUGAUGCAGUGGUUCGAGGAGAUACGAGACAAGUAGAAUCAAUUGCCAAGGAUAUGGAGAGAGUGAAGUCAGAUGCCAUUCGAAAUGCCUACUCAGAUUUAAUGAUGGAGGAUGGAGCGAUGAAAGCAUUUGGGGUGAACUCCAAAUGGACUACUGAUAAGAAUCCGAUGCCCACUGACGACUGGAAACCGAUGACACCUAUGAAGCCGAGGAAGAGAGCAGAGACACCAAAAAGAUCGGAAAGUCGGCAGAGUGUUAGACGAGGAAAUAAUGAUAAUGGGGAUGGGAGAAUGGCAUCGAGAGCGAGCUCAAGGUCCGCGGAGAGAAGGGUUAUACCAUCGGAACCGGAGAGUAGGAAGCCAAAAGCAACACGAAAAAACCAGCGUCUCUCCACCAUCGGACAUGUCCCUGAAGCAAUCCCAGUGGAUUCUCCAUUAGCUGGUGGUUCUACAGUUCAAGAUGAUCCUUACAAAAUGCCAACUUAUGUUGGAAGAUGCCCCCACUGUCAGCUCACCGAAGCUGGGCUCGGAAAACCAGGUGGCAUGGAGAAGCAUUAUGCGAGAUAUUGUAAAGUGAUGACCAGCUGCAAGUACUGUAUGAAGGUGACUAUGGUUUCCCAACUAACUGAUCAUCUAAUAUAUCGUUGCGAAUUCCUUCAAGACACCAUGGAAGCUUGCAACGAUUGUGGAUUGGCUAUCGAGAAGGAAGAUCAAAAGAGAGGAGCCAGUCAUCCAAUGUGUAGAGGUCGACGUCCGCCUCCUGGAGCACAAUGGUGUCCAUUAUGCACGAUUGCUGUGGAGGAUAAUGAGGAGAAUUGGAGGGAGCAUCUUUUGAGCAACUGUUAUAAUAAUCCGAGACGGGAUGGACCGGAGAAGGAUCCGUGGGAGAUGAAACAGCAACAGGAUGAUAUUUUAAAAGGAGCUGCCGAGAAGAAGCGUCAAGAAAAAGAAGAAGAGGAGCAGGGGAAAAAAGAAGCGGAAUUGAAAAGACAACAGCAACAAGUGGUUGUGAAUAAUACUGGAUAUCCGGGAAGAAUGAUAGAUGCUGAUAAGUUGGUUGUAGCUUUGCAGGAGAUUUCCUCUCGAAAUUUUGAUUUGGAAUAUGAUGAAUAUAAAGAAAGAAGGAAUGCUGCUGGAAUGGGAAUUCGAGCAAGUUCGAGGAACGGGCGAUUCAAACCGGUAGAUCAAGAAAAGGAGAAACCCAAAAAUGAGUACCAAAUGCAAGGAUACAAUGAGCGAAGCUCUGACCUUGGUGUUGAUCCUUUGGCAUCUGUCCGAACUCUUCGAAACAAUCUCCGAGUGAUGUCACUGGAGCAUCGAGACAAGGAUGAGCCAGUCAAGGCUCAUUUGUGUCAAUCGGCAUGUGAUGACUUGUCAAAAGCCGAGAAACAACUCGUCGAUCUGAGUCACAAACGAAGUGAUGCAGUGGUUCGAGGAGAUACGAGACAAGUAGAAUCAAUUGCCAAGGAUAUGGAGAGAGUGAAGUCAGAUGCCAUUCGAAAUGCCUACUCAGAUUUAAUGAUGGAGGAUGGAGCGAUGAAAGCAUUUGGGGUGAACUCCAAAUGGACUACUGAUAAGAAUCCGAUGCCCACUGACGACUGGAAACCGAUGACACCUAUGAAGCCGAGGAAGAGAGCAGAGACACCAAAAAGAUCGGAAAGUCGGCAGAGUGUUAGACGAGGAAAUAAUGAUAAUGGGGAUGGGAGAAUGGCAUCGAGAGCGAGCUCAAGGUCCGCGGAGAGAAGGGUUAUACCAUCGGAACCGGAGAGUAGGAAGCCAAAAGCAACACGAAAAAACCAGCGUCUCUCCACCAUCGGACAUGUCCCUGAAGCAAUCCCAGUGGAUUCUCCAUUAGCUGGUGGUUCUACAGUUCAAGAUGAUCCUUACAAAAUGCCAACUUAUGUUGGAAGAUGCCCCCACUGUCAGCUCACCGAAGCUGGGCUCGGAAAACCAGGUGGCAUGGAGAAGCAUUAUGCGAGAUAUUGUAAAGUGAUGACCAGCUGCAAGUACUGUAUGAAGGUGACUAUGGUUUCCCAACUAACUGAUCAUCUAAUAUAUCGUUGCGAAUUCCUUCAAGACACCAUGGAAGCUUGCAACGAUUGUGGAUUGGCUAUCGAGAAGGAAGAUCAAAAGAGAGGAGCCAGUCAUCCAAUGUGUAGAGGUCGACGUCCGCCUCCUGGAGCACAAUGGUGUCCAUUAUGCACGAUUGCUGUGGAGGAUAAUGAGGAGAAUUGGAGGGAGCAUCUUUUGAGCAACUGUUAUAAUAAUCCGAGACGGGAUGGACCGGAGAAGGAUCCGUGGGAGAUGAAACAGCAACAGGAUGAUAUUUUAAAAGGAGCUGCCGAGAAGAAGCGUCAAGAAAAAGAAGAAGAGGAGCAGGGGAAAAAAGAAGCGGAAUUGAAAAGACAACAGCAACAAGUGGUUGUGAAUAAUACUGGAUAUCCGGGAAGAAUGAUAGAUGCUGAUAAGUUGGUUGUAGCUUUGCAGGAGAUUCAGGAGAGGAAGAAAGCAGAGAAGAAGAAGAAAUUGAAGGAUAUUGAGAAGGAAAAUGCGGCAAAUUGA